AUGGGUUUCGCAAUAUUGUUUGUGCAACUCACUAUGGUUGGAACAAUUUUAUCAGCAACACCUUCAACGGCAGCAUCUCAGACCAAGCCAGGCUGCGCCACCACUUGCGGAAACCUUAGCAUCCCCUUCCCGUUCGGCACAACCCCUGAUUGUUACCUGGACCCCUCCUUCCUCAUCACUUGUAACGAAACACAUUUCAACCCUCCCCAACCAUUUCUGGAGCUAAGCAACAUACAUGUACUUAACGUAUCACUCGAUGGCCUAAUACACGUCUCGUCUUACACAGCACAAGACUGCUACAACCAGACUGGUUUGCCAGAAGCACAGACGGCGUUCCUUCAGCUGAGAUAUUUUUUCAUCUCCACCACACUGAACAAGUUUACGGCGGUUGGGUGUGACACAGUGGCUGUUGUUGUAGGUACUGUGGGGGAGAACUACACAACUGGGUGUUUGUCACUGUGUGAUCAUGUAGGGAGUGUGACGAACGGGUCAUGCGCGGGUGUCGGAUGCUGCCAGACUGCAAUCCCGCAGGGAGUCAAGGAUUUUGAAAUGGCUGUCACGAGCUUGAAGAAUCAUUCUCUUGUAAGAGAUUUUAAUCCGAGUGGUUAUGCUUUCGUAGUCGAAGAAGCCGCUUUUAGCUUCUCAUCUUUGGAUCUGAAGGAUUUGCAAAAGCGAGAGACUUUCCCUGUGGUGCUUGAUUGGGCUGUUGGAAAUGAGACAUGUGAAGAAGCUAUGAAAAACUCAUCAACCUAUGCUUGUCAAGCCCUUAAUAGCCAAUGCCUCAAUUCAACCAACGGACCUGGGUAUCGUUGCAGUUGCACAUCAGGUUAUCAAGGGAACCCUUAUCUCAUUGAUGGUUGCAAAGGUAACAUAUAUACAUUGGUUUAG